CCAAAUCGAAGAGUUGACUUGAUGAGUACUAUUCUACAAACUAAAACAUUUUGAUAAAUUAAUUAAGACAAACAUUUUGAUAAAUUUUUAUUAAAUUUGACAUAAAAAAAAUUAUCGUUAAAUAUAAUGUCAUUAAUGAUAGAGUUGAGAAAAAAGUUGUUGGAGGCUAAUAGAGUUGUUGAAAUUGAAUUCAGGGACUAAAAAGGAAAUUUUCCCCCUUGUUUUUCUGAAUUGCUAUUCGUCGCCCUAAAAUUCAAAAAAAUUCGCCCUAAAAUACACUUAAUUGACACAUUUACCCCUAACAUCAAUUCUAACCUAAACCGGGAAAAAUGUCGCCUCCGGCAACCCAAGUAUUGCUCUCGUUCGGUCUCUGCUGCCAACAAAGGAGGAUUAAGAAGAAGGUCAUUAGUCGCUGCCGGAGACGCUCCCCGCCGCCGCUGAUAUUUGUCGUUGCUUUCGACCAGGAGGAGGGAGGAAGGCGAAGAAGAAGGAAGGAGAGAGCGAUUUAUCCAAAACAGAGAAUGAUGCAGCUGGGAACUUGGAAGUGGAGUCGUGGAAACUUGGCCGGAAAAUUUAGCGAAGUGAUGGCUUGGGAUUCCCAGACACUGGCGAGAGAAUCGGUCAAUGAAUAAGAGAUGUUGAGAGAAUCAAUUAUGCACAAUUAAGAUGUGAAUUGUAGUUGGUUAAGGAAAUAGCAAGGAAUGGAGGUCGGAGCAGAUGUCUCGAAAAGAAGAGGGCAACCAAAGAGAGAAAUAGCUCAGGGAAGUCUUAGCUUUGGUGAAAUUGAACUCAGGGCCAACGAUUUCUAAAUGGGUUUAUUCACCUGCACGGAUCGCCGCCUGAAGGAAGAAAAAGACGCAGCACAGCAGAGGAUUGUAUUUUUUGUUUUUUUUUUUUGUUGGUCAGCAUCGGACAGGUUGAAAUCCCGUCGUCGGCGAGCUGGGACGGGUACCUGGCCAGCUGACCUGUCGCUUGCAGUCGCUUAUGGAUUAUGAAACAAAACUUAAACAAAGGACAUUAGAGUCAUUUUAACAAAAGUUAGGGCGACAAAUAAGGUAUUUUAGGGCGACGAAUAGCAAUGCCCGUUUUUCUCUUUAUAGACGUUGGAAAAAUGGUCGCUAGAUUCAAGGAAAAGGGGGACCCAUGGAGGAAAGAGAAUUUGGCAUUUUUUGUCUUUUUCUAGUGGGUAUUUGGGUGAAAAUUUACCAAUUUGUAGUUCGCCACCAUAAAAUUGGACAUGUGAUUCAGAACUUCAUUUUAUAUAAACCAUUGACUCAACUAAAUUAUGCUUAUAUAUAUAUAUAUAUAUAUAUAUAUAUAUACACACACGCCUGCCAUAGCCAAAUCGAAGAGUUGACUUGAUGAGUACUAUUCUACAAACUAAAACAUUUUGAUAAAUUAAUUAAGACAAACAUUUUGAUAAAUUUUUAUUAAAUUGAACUCAGGGCCAACGAUUUCUAAAUGGGUUUAUUCACCUGCACGGAUCGCCGCCUGAAGGAAGAAAAAGACGCAGCACAGCAGAGGAUUGUAUUUUUUGUAUUUUUUUUUUUUUUGUUGGUCAGCAUCGGACAGGUUGAAAUCCCGUCGUCGGCGAGCUGGGACGGGUACCUGGCUAGCUGACCUGUCGCUUGCAGUCGCUUAUGGAUUAUGAAACAAAACUUAAACAAAGGACAUUAGAGUCAUUUUAACAAAAGUUAGGGCGACAAAUAAGGUAUUUUAGGGCGACGAAUAGCAAUGCCCGUUUUUCUCUUUAUAGACGUUGGAAAAAUGGUCGCUAGAUUCAAGGAAAAGGGGGACCCAUGGAGGAAAGAGAAUUUGACAUUUUUUGUCUUUUUCUAGUGGGUAUUUGGGUGAAAAUUUACCAAUUUGUAGUUCGCCACCAUAAAACUCCAUUUAGUUCGCCAUGAUAAAACUCAACCGUUACUCCUACUUGUUCAACACUGUCCUUUGAUUUGCCUCUUUGAAAAAAGAACAUCCGCUCAGGGGCUAGCUAUUAGGAGAAUGGUAGUCGAAAUUGCGCUUAAGAACUUGUGUUUUUAUGCUUUUUUGUCACCAAUAUGAUUCUACAUAAAAUUAUAAUUUUUUUCUUUUACUUAAAAGUGUAAUCGUAAAAGUUUAUGAUUUAAACCUUCUAUAUUAUCAAAACGCUUCUGACUACAAUAUCAAUCACGAGACGAUGUAGGAAGACGGUCAAACUACAUGCCAAUUGAAGAGGAUUGAUUGAAAGAUAUGGUGCUAUCUCUUUGCAUCCAUUUAUAUAAUAAUAAAAAAAUUCUCUAAACAAGAAAUCUAAAACCAACCUUAUUAAAUUGGACAUGUGAUU